AUGUCUACCCUCAAACGCAAAGGCGAAUCUUUGACAAAUGGGGUAGAGGCUAAGAAGCCAAAGGCUAACGGCUCAAUUGCAUCCUUCUUCACCGCACCAAAGGCCACGGGAAGCAGCUCGUCAGCGUCACCAGCUGUUCCCACAGCCAAAUUCGACAAGCAGAAAUGGCUUGCUGGCCUGACAGCUGAGCAGAAGCAGCUGUUGAAUCUGGAGAUUGAAACACUAGACGAUAGUUGGCUGGCGCUUCUGAAGGAUGAAAUUGUCACCAAGGAAUUUCUGGAGCUGAAGAAGUUUCUGGACAGGGAGACGAAAGCUGGGAAGAAGUGGUUCCCUCCCAAGGAGGAUGUAUACUCUUGGUCGAGGCAUACACCUUUUAACAACGUCAAAGUGGUCAUCGUUGGCCAAGAUCCCUACCACAACGUCAACCAGGCACACGGCUUAGCAUUCUCUGUACGAGCACCAACACCAGCGCCCCCUUCCCUCAAGAAUAUGUACAUCGCUCUGAAGAAAGAUUAUCCUACGUUUGUUGUGCCUCCUAACAGAGGGGGGCUACUCACACCCUGGGCUGAUCGAGGCGUGCUCAUGCUGAAUACCUGUUUGACGGUGCGCGCCCACGAAGCGAACUCUCAUUCAAAUCGGGGCUGGGAGCGAUUCACCCAAAAGAUCAUUGAUCUUGUGGCUCAGAAGCGUACCAGGGGAGUCGUGUUCAUGGCAUGGGGCACACCCGCUGGCAAGAGGGUUCAAAAGGUUGAUAAGCAGAGGCAUCUGAUCUUGCAAAGCGUCCAUCCCAGUCCAUUGAGUGCACAAAGGGGAUUCUUUGACUGUGGACAUUUCAAGAAAGCUAAUCAGUGGCUGGUGAAUCGAUAUGGUGAUGACGGAGAAAUUGACUGGGCUUUGUCACCAGGAGUCACAACCAAGGCCGUUACAUCGGUGGUCGCGGAUACAUCUCCGGAAGCUGGCAAGACAGUUGCUGCAGAUGUGAAGGUGGAAAUGAAAGUGGAAGUGAAGUCGGAACCGAACGAGGCUACUAAAGUCAACGUCACAAAGAAAUCGGGCGUGGCUGGGGAUGAUGUAGAUUCUGACGACGAGGCCGCACUGGAAGAGGCUCUUCGCCUGGCUGAGGAGCAAGUAAAGAGCGAGUCGCCAUAG